UCCGUUUUGUUCACUCCAUGCAAGAGAUCGUUGUAGCCUAUUAAGAGUAUAACCCACUGGAGUCCUGAGGGCUAGCCGACUGUAAGUCAUCGUUAGUCGCUCGGAAGUAUACUGUGACAGAAAUCGUGUAAAACUGUUUUUGUUUUCUUCUUCUCAGGUCAAAGGGCAGUCUGUAUUUAGUGGUGUAUUAAAAUUAGUUCACCAGCACUCUGCAAGCGAAGAACUGGCUUGGUUUAGCUGCGAGAGGCUGCAAAGAAUAUCGGAUUGAACCUGAGGAACUAAAAACUUAAAAGCAACUAUUUUUAGAUGCCACAAUAAUGACUAAGGCACGGGUUUUAUAUGACUUUACAGCUGAACUUGGAAACAAUGAACUGACAGUGAAGAAUGGUGAGAUUAUCACAGUUACUAAUAAGAGCAUUGGAGGAGGAUGGGUAGAGGCAAAAAAUGUCCAAGGACAGAUAGGACUGGUGCCUGAAGACUAUAUAGAGAUUAUUAACUCUAUUGGACCUGCUAUAGACCUCUCUGCCUUUGAUGCACUGGCACCUGCAACGCAAAACAAUGGCUCUACAGCAAAGAACAACCAGGGAAUCAAUAACAAUGACCCCUGGUCCAGCUGGAACUCUGGUUCUAUUGGAAACCCAACUGAGAACUGGGGAGUGAAACCAGAAAACGCAGAAGCACAGCAAUCCCAGAACACAAGCAACAGGGAUUCAGCAGGAUUUGGACAUCCACAGGCUUAUCAGGGCCCAGAUAUAUAUCCAUAUCCAUAUCUAACAGAUUGUUCAGGCACUGCAGAUGAUGAGUGGGAUGAUGAGUGGGAUGAUCUCAAGUCUUCAGGAGGAUACCCUGAGUCAGGGUCUGGAGAAGGAGGAGGUAUAAAUCGGAGCGGGUCCACAAUGAAAAUGGCGCUCAACAAGUUUCCUGGAUUUUCCAAAUCAGGACCGGAACUGUAUCUUUUAUCAAAGCAGCCAGUAAAAACUAAAGAAAAGAUAACUAUCUAUGUUGGCGAAGUUGGUCCAGUGUGGUCCUAUCCUGAAACUCAGUUGGACUGUGUUGUAGCAGAUCCCAAAAAGGGAUCUAAAAUGUAUGGCUUAAAGAGCUACAUUGAAUAUCAGGUGGCUCCAAAUACCACUAACAGACCUGUCAAUCACCGAUACAAACACUUUGAUUGGUUGUAUGAACGGCUCCUGGACAAGUUUGGAUCAGCCAUUCCAAUCCCUUCGUUGCCAGAUAAACAGGUCACAGGACGCUUUGAGGAGGAUUUCAUUAAGAUGCGAAUGGAAAGGCUCCAGGGGUGGAUGACCAGAAUGUGCCGACAUCCUGUUAUUUCCAACAGUGAGGUCUUCCAGCUGUUCCUCAGUUUCCAGGAUGAUAAGGAUUGGAAGAUGGGGAAGAGAAAAGCAGAAAAAGAUGAAAUGGUUGGGGUGAUGAUUUUUUCUACAAUUGAACCUGAAGCAUCUGACAUGGACCUCAUUGAAGUAGAGCAGAAGUGUGAAUCGUUCAGUAGAUUUACAAAAUCCAUGGAUGACGGAGUUAAAGACCUGCUCAAUGUGGGGCAAGAGCACUGGAAGAGGUGUACUGGACCUUUGCCAAAAGAAUAUCAGAAGAUUGGAAAAGCACUACAGAAUCUCUCAGCAGUUUUCAGCAGCAGUGGCUAUGAAGGUGAAGCCACUCUCACAGAUGCCUUAACAGAAACAGGCAAAACAUAUGAAGAAAUUGCCACAUUGGUGGCAGAACAGCCAAGGAAAGACCUGCAUUUUCUGAUGGAAAUCAAUAAUGAAUACAAAGGACUUUUGGGCUGCUUCCCUGAUACGAUCGGAGUCCACAAGGCAGCAAUAGAAAAGGUGAAGGAAGGUGAUAAACUGGUUGCAACAAGUAAAAUAACACAGCAGGACAAGGUGACCAUGGCCAAGCGUGUAAGCACUAUGUCCUAUGCAUUGCAAGCUGAAAUGAACCACUUCCACAGUAAUCGCAUUUAUGACUAUAACAGAGUGAUGCAGCUCUACCUGGAACAGCAAGUCAAAUUGUAUGAAACGAUUGCAGAGAGGCUGAGGCAGGCCCUCGGUAGGUUCACCACCAUGUAGAGAAGAGAAGAAACCCUAAGUCCAAGGUGGGCUGCCAUCUGUAAUGUACUUUAUCUAAGUCGUUGCCACAUUUCAUAAGAGAAAACCCCAAAGAGGUUAUUGAGUUUUUUGCUCAGGUGUUGCAUGCAUGGGUUUGUAUUCAAUGGGAGAAGCCUCUAUACUAUAAUGUUGAUACUAUUAAGUCUCCCGUCAGACACAUUGUAAAUCAGCUUAAUUAUACACAAUGUAUAUACAUGCUAAUUAUGUUUUUCUAGCCUAUACUAUUAUUUUAACAUGGGAAAACAAGCCAACUAUUUAAAACAUUGGAAAGUAUAGGGAGGCCUGGACCAGCAUUAAAAAGGUUAGAAUUCCUGAAAAAUAUAAAUACAGAUAUUUUUUUUAUUUUAGUAAAAUGUCAGUCCAAAAUGUGUUCAUAACAUACAUAAAGUUUUUUUUUUUUUUUUUUUUUGCUAUUGACAGGUUUUUGUAAAGCCAAAUGCCUUAUUUCCAAAUAGAAACCUGAUUCCAACAAUAUAUGAAUGCUUUUUUUCAUUAGAAAAAUGAUCUUUUGGAUUGAUUUUGAUUUGAAUCAAUGCUGUUUCUGUAGCUGAGUCCAGGAUAUGUGUAGUAUUCAGAUCUUAUUGCCACAAUUACAACACUCAGCCACUAUGAGACACUUGCUUUGCACUGUGUAAAAACACUAUGAUUUUAAUAAAAAAAAAAAA